AUGACUAAGCAAGCUUUACAAAAGGAACUUUUAGAAAAAGUAAAACCGGGGGCAAAACCCAGUGAUAUCAAACGCUUAAAAAGAAGCAAAAGUGCCGGUGAUAUUCCCACUGCUCCGCCUUUGCCCGAAUCAACUCUGCUUACCGAGAAUAAGCAACUAAAAGCUGAAUUAGCUCA